AGAGGGAUUCCUUAAAAGUUUUUGUGCGUUUCUUUCUUUUCUCUCUCUCUCCCCGAGACUUUUCGAGCCCAAGGAGCUUCUUAUGUAAAUUGCAGUAAUCGGGAGGACUGUUGUCAAAGCCACACAGUACACUUCCUCCAGCAAGCUGCCGCUUUAAGUGAAGGUGGUGUAGUUUGGCAUCUAAUUACUGAGAUUAUGAUGUUGCGGUUAGCCAAUCCUGCCCUGAGGGCUGGUCGUCAAUUUUUAACCUGAUUGGCUGGCUUGGGUUGGGGGGGGGGGGGUGGGGUGCACUGUGGGUCUGUUUCAAGGUUCGUCCUCCUCCCCCCCCCCCCCCCGCCUUUCUUUCUGCAGCAGCCCUGCCUCCUCGAGCGGGUCCCUUGAAACGGUGUAAUUGAGAUGAUGUUAGUUGCACAAAGAAAAAGUCAGACAGUCGUUUAACGGGGGCGCAGCGAGUGAGUGCGUGGAGCUGGUCAGCAGCGUGGACUCCUCUUAAGUUUCCUUCUCCACCUCUCCUCAGGAUUUUCUUCUGCAAAAACAAAAAAGAAAACGAGCUACCAGAUGUUGCAGAAUUGACUGAGACUUAGGAGGACUCUUGUGAUUUUUAUUUAAAAAUUAUUCUUUAAAGAAAAACAAUUGGAGUCUCUGUUUGGAGGGAUGCAUUUGAACGUGUUGCUGGGCGGACUGUUGAGUGUGGUGUGGCCGCUCUUGUGCGGUUCUGGGAGAGUGAAGGGGCAAUAUCAGGGGGAGAGGGGCAUCUCGAUCCCGGACCAUGGCUUCUGCCAGCCCAUCUCCAUCCCGCUGUGCACCGACAUCGCCUACAACCAGACCAUCAUGCCCAACCUGCUGGGGCACACCAACCAGGAGGACGCGGGGCUGGAAGUGCACCAGUUCUACCCGCUGGUCAAGGUGCAGUGCUCCCCCGAGCUCAAGUUCUUCUUGUGUUCCAUGUACGCGCCGGUGUGCACGGUGCUGGAGCAGGCCAUCCCGCCGUGCCGCUCGAUCUGCGAGCGGGCCAGGCAAGGCUGCGAGGCGUUGAUGAACAAAUUCGGCUUCCAGUGGCCGGAGCGGCUGCGCUGCGAGAACUUCCCGGUGCACGGCACCGAGCAACUGUGCGUGGGCCAGAACCACUCGGAGGAAGGAGGAGGUGGAGGAGGAGCGGCCGGAGGUGCCCUGGUCACUAGCCUGCCCACCCUGAGCGUCAAGGAGCUGGGCACCCCGAGGCCGCCCCGCUCCGAACGCCAGCAGCCCUUCCACUGCCCGCGGGCCCUCAAGGUCCCCUCGUACCUCAACUACCAGUUCCUGGGCGAGAAGGAGUGUGGCGCCCCGUGCGAACCCUCCCGCGCCGACGGCUACAUGUUCUUCAACGACGAGGAGAUCCGCUUCGCCCGCAUCUGGAUCCUCAUCUGGUCGAGCCUGUGCUGCGCGUCCACCCUGUUCACGGUCACCACCUACCUGGUGGACAUGCAGCGGUUCCGCUACCCGGAGAGGCCCAUCAUCUUCCUGUCGGGCUGUUACACCAUGGUGUCCAUCGCCUACAUCGCGGGAUUCGUGCUGGGUAACCGGGUGGUCUGCAACGACAAGUUCUCCGAGGACAGCUACAAGACGGUGGUCCAGGGCACCAAGAAGGAGGGCUGCACCAUCCUCUUCAUGAUGCUCUACUUCUUCAGCAUGGCCAGCUCCAUCUGGUGGGUCAUCCUGUCCCUCACCUGGUUCCUAGCGGCGGGGAUGAAGUGGGGUCACGAAGCCAUCGAGGCCAACUCUCAGUACUUCCACUUGGCGGCCUGGGCCGUGCCGGCGGUCAAGACCAUCACCAUCCUGGCCAUGGGGCAGAUCGACGGCGACCUGCUGAGCGGGGUCUGCUUCGUGGGCCUCAACAGCCUGGACCCGCUCAGGGGCUUCGUCUUGGCUCCGCUCUUCGUCUACCUCUUCAUCGGCACUUCUUUCCUGCUGGCCGGCUUCGUCUCGCUCUUCCGCAUCCGUACCAUCAUGAAACACGACGGCACCAAGACUGAGAAGUUGGAGAAGCUGAUGGUGAGGAUCGGGGUCUUCAGCGUGCUCUACACCGUGCCCGCCACCAUCGUCAUCGCCUGCUACUUCUACGAGCAAGCGUUCAGGGAGCAGUGGGAGAGGAGCUGGGUUAGUCAGACUUGCAAAAGCUAUGCCAUCCCUUGCCCCCUCCACUACUACCCCAGGAUGACCCCGGACUUUACGGUUUACAUGAUCAAAUAUCUCAUGACCCUUAUCGUGGGCAUCACCUCGGGCUUUUGGAUCUGGUCGGGCAAGACCUUACACUCGUGGCGCAAAUUCUACACUCGGCUCACCAACAGCAAACACGGUGAGACCACCGUGUGAGAGAGCGGGACUGAACUUAACACGGGACUCUCUUUCUUGUUUUCUCUCUCCUUUUUUUUAAGAAGAAACACAAAGUUUUACUUAACGUUUGCAUUAGGAUAAUUUCCCAAGGUGUAAUAAAACCUGUAAAUAGCAUUUGUAAAAAAAUUUAAUUAUAUAUUUGUAUUUAAAAAAAUCCUACUUGAGAAUUUUUUUUGUUUCUAUAGUUGUCACUGAUUCGACUUGCCAGUGGAUUUCCAGGGGGGAACAAAAAACAAGGAGUGAGACUUGAAACUCGAUUUUUUUUUUAUUAUUUGACUCAAUGGAACUCUUUUUUGGAGUUAGUUUGAUAAAGGUAAAUCGUUGAGGUGAUGUAGAAAUCACGGAGUUAGUCAGAUGACCAAGGAUUGAAUCUAUUGAAACUUGUUGCCCAGCUCUCUCUCUCUGUCCCCGAAAUCGAACUGUUUUUCCUCAACAACUGCAGGGAGCUUGCAACAAAACUGAUUAUUUUUGCAGCAAACGUGAUUUAUUUUCCCCUUAAAAAAAACUUCGUGUUUAAUGUCGAGGUUGGUUUCUAAGUUUAUGCUCCUGAGGAACUAAAAGUUGAGGCACAUAGUUUUUUUUUCUUUGUAUAUGCAUGUUUUGAGCAGUCCCAGACCAUUUUUGGAUCGCCGAAUUCUUGAAGAGAUGCAGUGACACGCACAAGUGUCUUUUUUAAAAUUGUGCACACGUUCGCUUCGAUCAGUGAGCACUAAGUGCUUUUAUUUUAAAUAGUUGUUCAGGCUGGGUACGUUCAUAGUUUCGUAUUCGAUCAUAAUUCUUUAUAAUUAUAGAUCAGUAGAAUUGUUUCUAUAUUCAGCAUUUUUUUUUCAGUUCCCCAUUUUAAAUAAAGUUCCUGUUUUUUGUACAAAAUCAGGAAUUUCAUGACCUUCUUACUUUGGGGGUAAGUGGACAUCUCCAAACUCUUUGUAAAAUUCAUUAUAUUUCCCCAUUUCUCUGCAAUUUUUAUUUCUUUCCCCAAGGGUGAGCAGCUCUAGGCUGGGAUCCUACUAACAGGUUCCUUACCACAUAAGGGAUUUGUGUGGGGCCUCUAUUAUUUUUUGAUUUCUUUAGCUGUAAGCCAUCUAGAAAAGGACACUUGAGAUUAAAGUGCUGUUAUGAACUAACUUCUGACUUUGUCCACCCCUGUCCAACACUGGCACCUCCACAUCAUGAACUAACCACUGUCAUUUAUAGCUUUAAAUAAGGUUUUCCACCAAGUCCCCAAAGGCACAAAUGGCAUUUUUUUUAAUGUCGUAAGCCGAUGUGACCCCUGUGGGACAAUUUAUUGCUCUUUGUUUGGGGAGUGCGGGGUAUCCCUUUAGAAAUAUCUUUUAUUUUAAAUCUGCCUCGGUGAGUAUUCUGUUAAAAGUAGUUGUGUCUUUUUGUCUCCGUUCUCUUUCAAGAGUAUGUGCAGACGUUUGUGAUUCAGUCAAACAACUGGACAUGGAACAUUAAGUUUUCUGGAUUGGAUCUGCAUGGCCUUAAUCCUGUCUUGUCAGGGCACCUCAGAAGCAGAGGGGCAGUUUGUUAAACUGCUUUCCCCACAAGCUUUUCUUUUUAAGAAGCUGAAAUAUCAUCGACCAUCUUUCAACAUUUUUUUUUUAAUCAGACUCUUGAUGGAAUUCUAUUUUCAUCAAUCAACCAUCCCCCCAACCCCCUACCCUCCCAGCACACAAUCCCCAAAAAAAGUUCCUUUUGUUUUAGUUGCAGAAUUUUACUUACCACUUCUCGCAUUUCUACAAUGUUUGCAAGCUUUUAGUCCAUCUUCAGAUCAAAUAUUUUAUUAAAUCCACUCCAAUCCAUUUUGUUCUGGGUACUGCUACCAGUGGAAUUAAGGAACGUAACUUUUUAGCUUUGUUUCCUUGCCCCUUGUGACUGACUGGCUCGUGCCUAUUAAAGGAAUUCCAUUGUCUUGCAAGGGAAUGCUUGAAUCCAUUUGAGACUGAGAAAUAAAUGUUUCUUUUUAAAUUAGCAAAACAUCCCUUUAAACAUUUGCCUGUAUCUCCCCACCAAGCAUCCCCGCCCCCCCCCCCCCCCCCACCCCACCCCACCCCACCCAAUUCAAUAAACAAGUUAGUCACAAGCACUAAGCUGUACUUCAUUCCAUAACUGGAAUUAGGUCUUGGUAACAUGUAUAAAACUGACCUAAAUAGUGGAACUUGCCCUCCAAAUGGCUAGUAGAAGUGAUUUUAAAAUAACCUUUCUGCAUAAACAGUCUAGUCUAAAUGUGUCUUUUUAGCUUAAGUGGUUCUGUUCAGAUGCAAAUACAUUUGCAUGGUUCUUGUAUGAUCAAAUUCAAGAUGAAUGGUAUAACAACAUCUGUUUUCCUGCUUGGUGGCACUGAGUGGCAUUCCAAACUUUCUCAUUUUUUAUCUGCUUUUCAAAGAACAGUAUCUUUUAAUACAAGAGAGAACACUUUUAAAGGAUCAAUUUAAGUCUUUUUCUUCAUAUGGUGUGUUGUUUAAAGGUCAGAUCUGUACCCCAGAGCAAUUCUGCAAAAUCUGAGGCAAGGUUUAGGGCUGAAUAGUAACUGACUUCUCUAUUGACCUCAUAUAAUUCAAUGAAUGAAGAAUUCCAGAACAUCAGGAAAAAUGUGUUUUUGUACACUAAGUCCAAUCCAACAGAGAACUUUCAGUGCAAGUUUCAGUCCCUACCAAGUAAAGACACAAAUCUUUUGUUCAAUCUGGGAAAUCAGUUUUCCCCCUGUAUCUAAUGGAACCGAGACUUUAUAUCCAUUCAUUAAAGCACUCCUUUUCAUUGGCA